AAGUUCAGAACUGCUCGCAAAGAUGGUCUUCAUGUUAGCUCCAGCAACUAUUGUGUUAAUAAUUAUGGUUUUCGUGGCAGUAGCCGUACAAGAGACCGUUCGGCGACGAAGAAAGCAGAAUGACCAAACAUCCUCUUCGAAACCAAAGAGAAAUGACGACCUAGAGAUCGCCAGACCACCACUGCCACCUGGACCCACUCCAAUUCCCUUCCUUGGCAACUUGCAUACCCUCUCCAAAUAUAGUGAUUGUCCAUAUGAAGGUUUCUCAGCUUUAGGACAGAAGUAUGGACCCGUCUACUCUCUAUUAAUGGGCAGUAAUCCCGCCGUGGUUGUCGGCUCAUACGACACAAUCAAGGAGGUUCUCAUCACUAAGGCUAACAAGUUCGACGCACGCCCUGAUAUCCUACGAUUCGGAUUAUAUUUUGGUGGCAACCGCCAGCACUCCCUUGCUCUGUGUGACUGGAGCGAACACCAGAAGCGUCGCAUCACUCUGGCUCGCUCCUUCCUCAUGUUCCGUAACAACGACGCUUGCCUGAAGAUCUUCGAAGCCAAUGUUACUUCCGAGAUGCCAACCCUCACUAACCAGCUUGACACGAUGUUGAACACACCCAUCAAUGCCAAGGAAUUGCUGUCGUACUGCGCCAUGAACAUUUUCUGCGGCUACAUGUGCUCCAAGAAGUUUGAUUACAAGGAGCAAAGCUUCCAGCAGCUUGUCAAAAAUUUCGAUUUUAUAUUCAACGACAUCAACAAUGGGCAUCCCACAGAUUUCCUGCCAUCACUGGUUCCCUUCUUUGGUUCAUACUUGAAAAAGAUUAACAAGAAAACCUCAGCUAUCAGAGAGUACAUUCUGAACCAUAUAUGCAGAGAGAAGUACGCCAAUCUUAAGAAUGACCCAACAAACAUCAACGACCUUGUCGACGCAUGCUUCUCUAAUCUCCUGAAUGAAAAAUCAGAAGAAAAAUGGGAUUGGCAGACCAUUCUUUACAUAGUGGAGGAUCUCCUAGGUGGUUCAUCGGCUAUCGGCAACAUUGUCAUGAGGUUCCUGGGAUAUACCCUGCAACACCCUCAAGUUCUACACACACUACAAGCAGAGAUUGACGCCAAAAUUGGAAGGGAACGAGCCCCAACUCUAAACGACAGACACAACAUGUUAUAUAGUCAAGCAGUACUUUAUGAAGUGUUAAGACUCACUUCAUCUCCUAUUGUACCACACGUAGCAAGCGAAGAUGCAACCAUUGGAGAUUACUUUGUGGAGAAGGGCUCAAUCAUCUUUGUGAACAACUUCGAAAUGAACAGCUCCCCUGAUCUGUGGGAUGAACCCCAAAAAUUCCAGCCAGAAAGAUUCAUCGUAGACGGUUGCCUAAAGAAGCCUGCUCACUUCAUCCCCUUCAGCACAGGGAAGCGGGCUUGUGUAGGCUCAAAGGUAGUCACCAACAUCACCUUCAUCGUCAUCACCACCCUGCUGCAAAGAUACAACAUCGCUAUCCCUGAAGGCGUUAAGCCAGAUCUCCCAAGAGGAAAGAUCUCCCUAGAAUGGGACGCUUAUGAUCUUGUAUUCACGCAACGUAAGUGAGCCGAAUAUUAUUUUAACUUAUUCAUAUAAAGGAGAAAAUAUAACUGCAUUCCUCAUAAGUCAAAAAGGAUCAAAUAUAGUAAUUCUGAGACUAUUACAAAAUGCACAAGUUAAAUUUUAGGUAAUUGUUUAAAUAAAAAAAAGUCAUAUUCCUCCAUGAUAAAUACUCACUAUUAAGAUACUCAUGAACUCGAUGACACAAAUGCACUUUGGUUACCUUCAUUUGCAUUGGAAAUUAAAUUCAUAAACAUACAGUGCAAAAUAAAUAAUUUUUGAACUGUGAAACGAAACCUGUUUACGGAUUUAAAUACUUGCCAUUAUAUAUUGGAGUUACAAGAAUAUACAUACAUAACCCUGUGAAAGUUCGGUAUUUUAAUAUAAGUAUGAAUCAUAUGUUUUAAGAUUACUGGGUGAUUUAUUAGGAUUAAAGCCUAUCGACUACACGAGGGUUAUUAAGGCUGCGUGUCACUUGUACAUCACCAGUCACUAAUACUUUAAUUCCCAAAAUAGGGAUUAAAGCAAACUCUCAGCGUAUGUAUACCGAGAGAAAUAUGCACUGAGAGAUAAACAUCUUUCAGUGCAUAUAUCCUUGUGUGCUUAGUAUAAUCUUAUGUCCUAAAAACCAUAACACUGACUACCUAAGACUUCAAAUUUCGUCCAGAUAUCGACUUUUCCUCCCUUAAACUCCUUUGUGCAUUGUUCCAUACACAGAAUGGAUAUUUGUGCAUCUAUUAAGGCUUUGUUUUGCUUUGGGAAAUACAAAGCUACUAAGAAUUUGUAUGGGAGAAAUAGUAUUUGGAUGGGUAUAACAAUACGUCUAACACUGUAGAUGUAAGGGGAAAAAUAUCCAAUACCAUUUGUAACUUUUUAAGUUCUUAGAAACAUACACACAUUGUGUAUACUUUCACAUACACAAAUUGUUUCAUCUAUAACAUCAAUUCCUUUUCAAGAGGUAGAAACAGCCCACCUACCAUUAUUCCCAAAUUAAAAUUAUUAAAAUUCAAACAUUAAUGCGAAAACAAUACUAGGUGUGCGUUUCUUGAGCAGUGGAAAAAUGUUGCAGGGUAAAAUUUCUCCUUGCCCCGCAGGUAGGUGUGGCUUGACGAAGUGUCCAAUUUUAGGGGUUCACUUGAAUAAACAACUCAUACUGACUGUAUAUCCUUGAAAAUUAUAUCGUGGGAGUAUUUUCAGCGGCUGUUGGUCUCACCUAGUCCCUUUUAUUGUUAAUUGUGACGAAGCAAGCAAUUUUGAGUUGUUGAAUGUAAUUUGAUCUAUAAGAGACAAGUGCUUCCCUACACUGCAAGUUGCUUACUCCGCCCCAUAUUUAUUAUGUUAUUGGUAAUAUUUUUGGCAAAUAAAGUCACUGGAAGAUAUGUAGCUCAGUUGUUAAUUUUUUUACAGUUUUAGACAUUGUAUUUUUCCAGUGACUUUAGUUUGGCAUUUGUGUAAAUGUUUUUGUAAGUGCUCUCAUGUUACAUUUUACCUGGUGCUGCAGGUUAUAAUUUUCCUCAAUUAUUUAUAUUAAAUGAUCGAGUGAUUUUUCCCAUGACAAUAUUUAAUUACUAGUAGUUAGUGAGGUUUGAAACUUAGGUUGCGAAAGUAAGUCGCUCGACCCUAUGGGGCCAUACAGCAAAUGGGGAAUGGGAGGUAAUAAGGUUUAAUCCGAGGAAGGCGAGGACAGCAUGAAUUCCUUAGAUCGAGAGUUCUUCGCCGGCAUCAAGGUAUCCCUCCCCCAUCCUUGUGUAACUAGUGGGUCAGCGGUGAGCCGCCCUAACAAGUUUUGAUCUCCUUGUGUAUAUUCUGGUCGAUCAUUUUUUUUUCAUGUAUGUUCUCAUGUUCUCUUCAUCCCGAUGGAGACCAUUCAAUACCCAUUUAUGUACCCACAUUUACUGUAUUUAUUUUUGCAUCUCUUGUGUAUCACUUCAUCAAUGUUUUGUGCUUUAUACUGAAACUCAAUAAAAUAAAAUAAAUUAGAAGUUGGCAUUUCCUUCGGUUUUACCUUGACAGAAAAAAUACAGGAAAAGGCUGUUACAGUCUUAGGAUUAAAUUCAAUACCUAAUUAUAAUUAUUAUUAUUCACAUGAAAACAACUUUUCAAGGUUCACAUAGCGCCUGGGGACAAGGAGGAUAUUUGGUUUCAUACGAGAAAAAUGAUAGCUCUAAUUCCUUGGAU